AUGUCGGAGCUGGAAAAAGCCUUCCGUAAAUUCGCUGUUUAUGGCGAUACAGCCGCCACUGGAAAUGACAUGACAGGCAAGAACUUCUCUAAGAUGUUGAAGGAGUGUGGUGUGAUGGAUGGGAAGUGUGUGACCAGCACCGACGUGGACAUCGUUUUCAACAAAGUCAAAAACAAAAGUGCCCGUAACAUCACAUUUUCAGAGUUCCAGGAAGCCAUCAAGGAGCUGAGCGUCAAACGCUUCAAAGGGAAAUCUCCCGAAGAGGCUCUGCAGGCCACACACCAGCUGAUGGAGGGCAAGGAGCCGGGCAAUGUGGGGGCGACGAAAGCUGUUGCUGCUGGUGCAGUGGACAGAUUGACAGACACCAGCAAGUAUACGGGCUCUCACAAGGAACGUUUUGAUGAAAGCGGAAAAGGCAAGGGAAUCGCUGGUCGUGCAGACGUGCAUGAAAACACUGGCUAUGUUGGGAACUACAAGGGGGCCGGCACCUAUGACAAGAGCCACUAG